CAAGAACUUCUUUUGAAUAUUUGCUCCUCAGACACCAAAUUCUCAAACUUUACUCUCUUCACUCCUAUAAUUUUCCUUGUCCUUAAAGUCUUCCUUACUUCAUCUCUUUCCCCAUCUAACCACCAAGAUCCGUACUAUUCUCCCCAUCAAUGGCCGACUCAAGAUCCCACCCCACUUUCUCACCUCACCGGCGGCGGCCGGACCAGCUUCUUGGCCAUAAUAUUCACUCCAAAACUCACCGGAAACCUUUUACUCGCGUCAUCUGUAAGUCUGCGUUCUUUAUAUUAUUUCUCAUUGCUAUUCCUUUAUUUCCUUCAGAAGCUCCUAGUUUUAUCAACCAAGCCCUAAUUACUAAGUUCUGGGAGAUUAUUCACUUGUUGUUUAUUGGUGUUGCUGUCUCCUACGGGUUGUUUAGUAGUAGAAAUGCUGAUGGGGAUUUUUUACCCACUGAUUUUAGUAACUUUGAUGAUUUACAGUCGUCCAGUAACUUUGUGUCUAGGAUUUUUCACGUUGCCCCAAUUUUUGAAGAUGGGUAUGAGAGUUUCUCUGGGUCUGCUGAGAAAAAUGUUUACCAGUCUUUGGCUAAAAAUGGGAGUGAGAAUUUUGUUGAGCAUGAUGAGAAUAGUUGUGUUCAAGCUUGGAGUUCUCAGUAUGCAUUGGGUGAGUCAGUGACUGUGUUGUCUCAAGUUAACUAUGAACUUAGGAAACCUAGUCAGGUAGUUGGUCGAAAACUGUUAGGAUUGCCCGUUCGGAGUUUGAAUUCGAGGGUUAAAGAUGUAGAUAGUUCUCAGUUUAGCGAUGGAGGUGAGUCUGAUUCGAGCUUUGUUGGUGGUUCGAGUAGUUCUGGGAGGAGUGUGAAUGAGAAGAGUUUUGGUGAUAUGGGUCCAAUAAACUUGGAGGAGAGGUUUAAUGAAAGUUUUGGUUUGAAUCCUCGAGUUCCGCGGCGUUCUAGAUCUGAAAGGGUGGAAAUGAGUGAGAAAUUUGGUCGUGUUGUUGCUGAUCGUCCUUCGCAUUUUAGGCCUCUUUCUGUUGAUGAAACUCAAUUUGCGUCUAUGGAAUCACAAUCUUUUAGGUCGACUAAUUCUUUCUCCUCCCGAGAUAGUUCAAUUUCAACUUCACCAACCAUGCUAUCUCCUUCUCACUUGACUUCUUCGGAUUCAUCCGGUUCAAGAACAGAAGAAUUAGGAAAAACCAAGGAUUUUGUCACAUCAUAUCCAUUGGCUUCUCAAUCGCCACAAACAACAAAGACUCGUGGCGCUUCAUUGAAUGCAUUUCACUUGAGGAAAUAUGGUAGUGGCUCUUUGUUCCAAAAGGAUUUGAACAAAUGUACGAAAAUUGAGUCGAAGGAUGUCGAUGGGAAAUGUUCAAAAAAUGAGUCCAAGGAUGUCGGUGGGAAAUGUUCAAAAAAUGAGGCGAAGUAUGUCGGUGGGAAAUCAUUAAAAGAUGAGUUGAAGGAUGUCGGCGGGAAGAGACAAGAGGGUUUACCGAGUAGUAAAGAGAGGGGACAGGGUUAUUUAGAAUCAGUUAUGAAGCAAGGGAUGAUGGCCAAAGCUGCACCAAAAGGAAAAUCUGUUAGGACUAUUAAAAGCGGUUUAUACACUGCAGAGGCAUCGAAAGCUGGAGAGACGAGUAAAACUCAGAUAGAUGACCAGUCUGAAAAAGGUUAUAAUCAAACAAAAACAGUAAAUACAGCAGAAACUGAAAUGAAAAGGGAAGGAUUCGGCAAUAUAUCAAACGGCGCAAGUAAGAAGAAUUUCGAUACUCGAUAUGAUAUGCCAAAGCCAACAUUUGGAAGAUAUCAGAUGAAAGAAAAGAAAGAACCGUUGGAGAACGUUACUUUAGAGUCUGAAGAAGAUUCACAGAGCGAGACUACGGAUAAGAGUCGAGUGAGCUCUGGUGAAGACACCGUGUUGCAUGAUGCAGGGGACGACAUUAGUGAGGUUGACAGGAAGGCUGGUGAGUUUAUAGCGAAGUUCAGGGAGCAGAUUAGACUUCAGAAAGUGGCAUCUGUUGAAAGAUCGAAAGGAUUGCGGUUGAGUGGCAAGUAUUUAAGAUGAACCAUAACGGCCUAUACGUAUCAGUAUGAAGAUGAAGAUGAACAUUCUUGUGUUCUUGUUUGAUAGCUGAUUCUCCAUCUUGUUUUUAUGUAGAUACAAAGUUAUAGUUUUUGGUGGAAAUUUGUUGUCUCUAUACCAUCUCUAUGAAGAAUCAGAAUCAGAAUCAGAAUCAGUCUUUAGUUUUUACCUUCUAACCAUAAAAUUUUCUUUCAUAUGUAUUUCAUUCAAUUUUUACCACUAAAUUGGUCUACUGAGGAUUGUAAAUUCAUAACCGUUGUGUUCUUUGAUUCAUUUUUCAUUAUUUGAUGGAGUAUUCAAGAAAAAUGAUA